CCUAAGAAGAGACACAAAGUCUGCAGAUGAGAUAAGAUGGAGUUUGGAUCGGUGAUGUUUUUGCUCUGCUCUGCUCUUGUCGGGCUCAGCACCGGAUUCACCACACCUGAUUAUUUCUGCCUGAAUAACUGCGGCUACAAUCUCGGCUCGUGUUCCUGCUCCAGCUCCUGUCGUUACUAUGGAAACUGCUGUCAUGAUUAUUACAAUUACUGUGUCGGCACAACAACACCACCAGCAACAGCCAUAAGGACGAUGACGACGACGCCGCAUGCAGACUAUAUUACAUGCAGGAAUCGUUGUGGUUAUGAUGGUGGUAUCUGUUCCUGCACCAGCUCCUGUCGCUAUGGAGGAAGCUGUUGUGACGAUUAUGACUAUUAUUGCAGCAACGCAACUGUAACACCAACAGCAGCUGAUUAUUCCUGCCUGAAUAACUGCGGCUACAAUCUCGGCUCGUGUUCCUGCUCCAGCUCCUGUCGUUACUACGGAAACUGCUGUCAUGAUUAUUACAAUUACUGUGUCGGCACAACAACACCACCAGCAACAGCUGAUUAUUCCUGCCUGAAUAACUGCGGCUACAAUCUCGGCUCGUGUUCCUGCUCCAGCUCCUGUCGUUACUACGGAAACUGCUGUCAUGAUUAUUACAAUUACUGUGUCGGCACAACAACACCACCAGCAACAGCCAUAAGGACGAUGACGACGACGCCGCAUGCAGACUAUAUUACCUGCAGGAAUCGUUGUGGUUAUGAUGGUGGUAUCUGUUCCUGCACCAGCUCCUGUCGCUAUGGAGGAAAUUGUUGUGACGAUUAUGACUAUUAUUGUACCGACGCAACUGUAGCACCAACAAUAGGUGAAUUUGUUUGUGGUGAAAAUCUGGUUCAGUCACGAGGUGAAUUUUUCAGCCCCCUUUACCCCGGUACUUAUCCCAAUAACGCACGCUGCACAUGGACCCUGAUGGCUGGAGAACUGCAGAUGGUUCUGUUAAACUUCACGUUUGUCAAUUUGGAGUCAUGCUGUGACUUCAUCCGUGUGUAUAAUGGUCCGACUGCUCAGCAUUCACCUUUGGGUUCUCUCACGGGAAAUCAGAUCGGUUUCUUCAACUCCAGCUCUAGAUACAUGACGGUCGUCUUCUCCACUGACGGCAGCGUGACAGGACGGGGUUUUCGGGCUGAAUGGUCUUUCAAAUAUGUUCCAAUGUGCAAAGACCGAUGUGGCACCAGCAACAGCAGAUGCUCCUGUGAGAGUUCCUGUGAACGAUACGGAAGAUGCUGUCAUGAUUAUUAUGAUUACUGUUCCUACACAACGUCACCUCCUGUACCAGCCUGUGGGGGGAGUCAUUAUGGAUCCGGCUUCAUUUCCAGCCCAUAUUACCCUGGUUAUUACCAUGACAACGCAUACUGUGAGUGGCAGCUCUCGGCUCCGGCAGGACAGACCAUCUUUCUCUCUUUCCAGGACUUUGAUCUGGAGCGCUGCUGCAACUGUGACUAUGUAAAUGUGUAUGAUGGUCCAUCCACUGCAUCACGCUUGUUAGGAAAGCUCUGUCACAAUUACACAAACCAUCUGGACUUCCAGUCAUCCUCAUCCUACAUGACCAUACUGUUCAGGAGUGACUACUCUGGGGUCGGGCGUGGCUUUAAAGCCUACUUCAGCUCUUCCCUCAACCAAAAUACAGGCAGAGUGGAUUGCUCCUCUGACUGGAUGAACAUCGCCAUCCGUAAAUCGUAUUUGGACUCGCUGGGCUUCAGCUGGCAUGACCUUUACCUGGAUGACCAUCGCUGCAGACCUUCAACUGACUACAACUAUGUCACCUUCAACUUCCCGCUCAAUAGCUGCAGCACCAGGAGAAAGACAGAGAAUGGCCGUAUUAUUUACACCAACAAUGUUCGAGCAGCUCAGUCAACAUCUGGUGAGAUCACACGACGUGAUACAAACUUCCUGAUGUUUGUGAGCUGUGUGAUGGAGCGUGAUUCUUCAGUCGGGACAAUUUAUGAAGCCAAAGAAUCUCCAAAUGCAACCAUCAGUGGAACGGGUCGGUUCAACACCACCAUGGCCUUUUUCCCUUCCAGCAGCUUUUCCUACCCCAUCACAGAAUCUCCCUACAAAGUGAACCUCAAUCAGCAACUGUAUGUCCAGGUGCAGCUAAAGCGAGCAGAACCAAGCCUCCACCUGUUCAUGGACACCUGUGUGGCCUCACCCAACCACAAUUUCACCAGCCGCACAUAUGACCUUAUACGCAAUGGGUGUAGUAGAGAGAGCACGGUAUACAUAUACAGAAAUGGAGAUCGUUACUUUGCUCAGUUCAGCUUCCGUGCAUUCAAGUUCCUGCGCACACACAACCUGGUGUUCCUCAGGUGUGAUGUCAUUAUCUGCGCCGACAACGACUACAACUCACGUUGUCGCCAAGGAUGUCGUAAUCGCAGGAAACGAAGCUCGAGCUCUGAUCACCUCACUGAGGUUCUCACCCUUGGGCCAAUCACACUGAAAGGUCCAGAGGAGGUUGCAGCCAAAAAAGAGGAUGUGGCAUGAACUCACAGUAACUGAUUUAUUGCCUGGUCUAAUUAAUGACUUAAUUGUAGUUAACAAUGAAUCACUUUACUAACCUUCCUCGAUUAAAGCAUUCUUCAAAGUCAA